AUGGGCUUUGACUACGCGCUGGUGCACCUCAAGUACACGAUCCCCCCGGCCGUGCUGCUGACCUGGCUCUACCGCCCCUUCUACACAAAGCUCGACGCGUACAAGGUCGUCUUUCUGGUCCUGGUUGCCAUUCUCUCGACGAUACCAUGGGACUCGUACCUCAUCCGCACCGGUAUCUGGAGCUACCCCGGCCAUGUCAUCGUCGGCCCCAAACUCUAUGACAUUCCGCUCGAGGAGGUCUUCUUCUUCUUCAUCCAGACAUACAACACCUCGCUGCUCUACCUGCUCCUCACCAGACCCACCUUUCAGCCCGUCUAUCUGAGGAUUGAAUCAGGCCCGUCGCGCAACUCAUGGCGAGCCACGAAGCUUGCUGGCCAAGUCUUCCUGCUGGGCUUGAUUGCAUGGGGAUGGCGCCGUGUCCAAGAAGGCGGCGAGGGAACAUAUACUGGUCUCAUCUUGAUCUGGGCCUGCCCUUUCCUUCUGCUGCUAUGGAGCCUAGCAUACCAGUUUAUUGUCAUGCUACCGCUAACCAACACAGCGCUGCCUAUCCUGCUCCCAACGCUUUACCUCUGGAUCGUCGACACACUGGCACUUCGUAGGGGCACCUGGGUAAUAAGUGUGGGCACAAAGUAUGCUGUGCAUGUAUGGGACGGGUUGGAAAUAGAGGAGGCCUUGUUCUUCUUUGUCACCAACACGCUUAUAGUGUUUGGUCAAUUGGCGUUCGACAACGCUCUAGCCGUGCUGUACACUUUUCCGGGCCUGUUCGCGGACCCGUCGCUGCUGCCAUCGCCGGCUGUCUUGAUGCGGGCCCUUCUAACGCCCAGUUCCAAGUACGACGCUGCACGGCUCCAGGGCCUUGAUGAGGCGGUGCUGCGUCUAAAGCGCAAGAGUCGCAGUUUCUACCUCGCCUCUGCGACCUUCCCUGGACCUUUGCGGGCGGACCUGCUGCUGCUCUACUCGUUUUGCCGUGUUGCUGAUGACUUGGUGGACAAUGCUUCGGAUGCCGAUGAGGCCAAGGCCUGGAUAGCCAAACUGCGCAAGUUCCUGAGCAAUGUGUAUAGCGACAAAGUGGCGCCUUCUACCAUGCAUGCUCAGGUUUGCGAAGACUUUCCGCUUGGCACGCAGUCUGCGCUCCUCCAACUGCCCGCCGCCAAACUGUCGCCCCAACCGCUGGAAGAGCUUCUGCAGGGAUUCGAGAUGGAUCUUGCAUUUGACCAGGGGCCGCUCAUCAAGACGACCGAGGAUCUGCGACUGUACUCGGAGCGCGUGGCAGGCACAGUAGCGCAGAUGUGCAUAGAGCUCAUCUUCUGCUGGUACCCAAGCACAAUGUCGGCCGAGGAACAGCGUAGCAUCGUCGCUGCUGGCAACAACAUGGGCGUGGCACUGCAGUAUGUCAACAUUGCGCGGGACAUUGGAGUCGAUGCCAAGAUUGGCCGUGUGUAUCUUCCUUUGAAGUGGCUGUCUGAUGCGGGGCUCCGCUAUGAUGAUGUCUUGCAGAGGCCGAGCCAAGCCAAGCUCGAGUCUUUGCGCAAGCAGCUUCUGCAUGAUGCCUUUUCACUCUAUGAAACGACCAAGGAUGCCAUUGAACGUCUGCCCGCCGAGGCCCGGGGGCCUAUCCGGGUUGCAGUGGAGAGCUACAUGGAAAUCGGGCGUGUGCUGAGACAGGACAAAUUCAAGAUCAAGGCUGGGCGGGCCACGGUGCCCAAGCUGAGGAGAAUCAUGGUGGCUUGGACAACGCUGAACCUCCCCGACAACUACACCGACGAGACCACGUUUCUCGACCACCUCCAGCGAAACCCCCGGCUGCAGCCGUAUGAGUUUUGGUCGCUCAUGGCCGACGCCACCGUCAUUGUGCAGCAUCUAGCGUCCGUCAUCAUCUUCUGCUGCUGCUUCAUCGCCAUCAUUCACGGCAGAGUGUCGCCUGUCGCCGUGGUUGGGUGGGCUAGCCUAUGCACUGUGCUGGCCUGGUUCCUGUGGGACCAUUGGAUGGGCCAGGAGUUCAAGGCCGUCGCCAGCGUCCCUCUGACGCCUGCACCAGAGCCAGAGACGGGCGAGGCGGUGCCCAGAGCCUCGCAGUCACUUUCGCCCCGGGCCAAGCAGCGCCUGGCAACGGCCAAAUCCGCGGUUCUGAUCUAUGCGGCUUUGCUGGGGCUCAGUCCCAUUCUCAAGUCGCUUACCCGCUCGACAACAAGCGAUUCCAUCUGGGCACUGAGCACAUGGCUGUUGAUGAUGAACGUUGCAUUCUUUGAUUACACGGCGGGUACAGACGCACACCUCUAG